AUGGCGGAGCACCGUGUGAUAGACGAGGAGAUGCUCAUGAGGGCGCUAGAGGAGCAGGGCCCUCAGGAGGAAGGCGUCCAGUUCGACGAGGUCCUCCACCUGCGCCUGGAAUACGAACGCAUCCUGAAGAUCGACCAUUUAUGGGAGUUCACGUCCCUGACCAAGCUGCAGCUGAACAACAACCAUAUAAUGCAGAUUGCCAAACUAGGCCAUCUCGUCAAUCUCUCGUGGCUUGAUCUGUCUUUCAACAACAUAGAGAAGAUUGAGGGCCUGGAGACUCUGGUUAAAUUGGAAGACUUGAAUCUGGGCAACAACAGAAUCUCUGCCGUUGAGAACAUGGACACACUUGAGAACCUCACUUUCUUCUCCGUUGGAAACAACUCCCUGGGCCAGCUAGACCAUGUGAUCUACCUCAGAAGGUUGAAGAACCUGCACACCCUCAUUUUAGCCGGAAACCCCAUUUCUAAAGACGAAAACUACAAACUUUUCAUUGCCGCCUACUUUCCAGAGUUGGUGUACCUUGACUACAAGUUACUUGAUGGACAGACAAAAGAGCAGGCCCUUGAUAAAUACAGGACUGCAGUCGAGCAAACAAAAUACAACGAGCUGCAGGUGCAAAAGGCCAGCGAAGCCAAGCAGAUCCAGCAAGAUGAACUGCAAUUACACAUGGAUGCCUUUGUGGAAUUCCUGAAUGGCUCCUACCUGUUUGACAGCAUGUUUACAGAAGAUGCAGACACAAAGAAACUGGCCUUCUUACCCGAAGUGACAGAUCUACUCCAAGCAUAUGAGCGCCGCAUGGGGGAGCUGUGUGUACAGAUGUGUGAAAUUGGCUUAGUGGAACACCAACUGAGGGAGACAGAGGUCAAAUGCUUCUUUGAUGGUUUUAAAGAGGCCGUGGCAGAUAACCGGCAGGGUGCAGCACAAACGAAAGCAAAUUUUGAGCAGCACAGGGAAAAGACAUUACUGGAGUUGCGCCAGGUCUCAGACACACACUUCCUGGAGGCCCAGCUCAAAAAGUAUAGUGAGGAGAUUGCAAAGCUUUAUGACAGCCUCAUGACCCUGGAGCUACAGCUGGUUGACCAGCUCGAGGAGCUCACCAGAGACUUUGACACCAACAUCUCAGCCAUGGUUGGCGGUUUCAUUAAAAAAGUCAAAGACUUAUUUACCCAGUGUCGAAACCUUGAGAAUAACCACAGUGAGCAACUGCAGGAGGCUGCCCUGGCAAACCUGCAGAAGGUGUUGAAGAAUGAGCACGAGUUGGACGACGACAUGCCUGAUGAUCUGAGGACACUGCUCGUGGACACGGAAACGGUCAUUAACGCAGUUAGCUCCGCCCACAAUAGUCACCUGCUAAGGAUCAACAACCGAGAGGACGAAUUGGUGACACGCGUCAAUGCCUGGAUGGGGUCCCUAACUGAGGAGAUCCGGACUGAGCAAAUACAGCGGCACGGCAAGCGCAUCUCCGAGAUCCUCAACUACGUAGACCACCUGGAGGACGGGCUGGAGGAGUUUCGGCAGCACGACACUUGA